UCUAUCAACUUUACCACACCAUUGCAGGUGAUGGAAAGGGUAGGUCUGCAAUAAUGGAGCCCCCAGGGAGGAGUAGAUUUUCUUGGUUGUACCAGUAACAAGUUGAACUGUUUAGUUUUCAAUUAACUUAUCGUUAGACUUUAAAGUGAAUCCGAUGGCGUUUAAUUACUGACAUUCAAAUUUAUAUGCACAUUAUCAUCAAGCUUGAAUUCUCGUGACUUUGUGACAGUGUUUAACCACUGGAACUGAAAUUAUAACAGAUUCUGGAUGAAGAUUGGAACUGUGUAACAGUGAAUAUUGAACAUUAAUAUUAUGAACUAUUGAUUAAUUUAGUGUUAAUUUGAUUAAUUUAGUGUUAAUUUGUUUGUUUUCAUUUAUUUUUAGUGUCGGUAAACCUGGUAUGUAUGGUUGUAAGUAUGGAUGUUGACAGCACUAAUAAAUAAAUAGGUCAAGUUUAAAUAAGUUAGGGCAUAAAAUUCCGUAACUAUUGAUACUCUUAGAACAUCAUUCAAUACACAUUGCAUUAUACUAAAAUAUAUAACAGUUAUCCCAGUAACACUAUAACUUGUAUUGUCUUUAUUUUAUCAACAGUGGAGUUUUUUUUAUGUAGAGUUUAGAGUAGUUUGGUCAGUUGAUUGGUUUGAAUAUGUCGGAGGAAGAAGUUGUGGUCUUGGGUAACACACUAAGAAAGUUGGGUCUUUUUCCAAAGCGUAUAGGUAAGACUGAAGAUGACGUUGCUGAGUGGAUGGAAGAUGUUUUGAAAUCUAAAGGUAAGUGGCCGGUUAAAUCGGAUGAUGAAACAGAGUCGUCUACUAAAUCAAGACCACCAGUUAAUCCGAUGCCGAAGUUGUCAAUGUUUUAUGGUGAACCAGGAAAAGGUGAAGUUAGUUACGACCUUUGGAGAUACGAAGUAGAUUGUUUAAUUUCAGAAGGUGUAUAUGAUAACCAUGUAAUACUGUUGGCUAUUCGCCGAUCACUUAAAGGGGAGGCCGGUAAGGUUAUAAUGCGGUUAGGUCCGCAUGUUGAUGUUAAAACUGUCUUAGCCAAAUUGCAUAGUGUUUACGGUACAUGUGAAGAAGCAGAAUCUUUAAUCGGACUCUUUUACAGUGCUAAACAAUAUCCAUCUGAAACGGUUACAGAUUGGGCAUGCCGGUUAGAAGAUAUAUUCGCAAGAGUAACUCGAGAGGGUAGUCCAGAUCCUAAAGAAUCCGAUGAGACAUUAAGGAAUGUAUUUUGGCGUGGAUUGUUGCCACACUUACGUGAUUUGUCUGCUCACAAAUAUGAUAAAUCAACAAGUUUCGACACACUACGUGUUCAACUUCGCCGUAUAGAGCAUGAUGUUAACCAACGAAACUUAUCAGCGAGUACCGCUACUUCGAAGCCAAAUCCUUUUAACAUGAUACAUACAAAGUCUUCUAAUUCUGAAUUUCAGGAACUUAAAGGGAUAGUUCACAGUAUUUCUUCACAAGUUAGUGGAUUGAAGGAUCAAGUUUCGCAAUUAGCUUAUAAAGUUGACAGACCUAAGGUUCCACGAUGGCAGUCACAAGGAAAUGAUUCAAGAGGUUCUUUAAGCAAAAUGGCUCCAGAGGUUAGUACGGCAUUGUUGUCGUUAAUUACUGGGCCAACUUGUCGAGCAUAAAUGUAUUUUGUGUUAUAGUUAUGUGUAGUACCAACAGAAAUGGUGUUUAAUGGUUAUGGUGAAUUGAAAUACAUCUAGAUCGACCAACAUCGACUACGCGCUUACGCGUUUCAUUUAAUUGUUUUAAACUGUAUCAUGUGUCGUUUGUGGAUUAUAUAAACUUAUUUAAACCUUA